ACGCGUCGACAUGGUACUGGCUGAGUUUGGUUAUACAGACCUAAAUAAAACGACAUGGUCAUCGUUCGCGUAGGUGCUUUACCAAAAAAAAUGAAGGAAAGAGUGAGAAAUCGAACGGUCGUAUUAGAGUAUGUGGCAUGCAAAUUUCUUACGACGCGCGUACUCCUCUCUUCUACGAUUUCAAUCUCGAUAUCUCGCCGGGAUCUCGUUGGUACCAAUGGAUCUGUAAUCCAAUUUAUUAUACUCUCUAGAUAAGAUUACAUUAAUUGAAUUAUACAGGUACUUGAUAUGUUGAGAAUGGCAAUUGUGGUGCACAGAGAAGAUGACGUUGUCAAAAAUUUUGGCCGGAAAGCAUAUAGUGGGAGGAAGAGACGUUGGCCGAGUGCUGGAUGGAUCAGCCUUUCAUGACAUAACUACUUGUUUGUAGUGGUCACUUGGCAUAUCUGGAAGGCUCUUGGAGUAAAAAAUUUGAAGGUACUGAUUCUGUUAGGAGAGAGAGGUUGAUUGAGCUGCAUGAUAUUGGCCUACAAUGGCGAAGACAUAAGGUAUCUGAUGGGCAGGGGCAGAGUACAAAUUUGCAUGGGUCUUCUUCACCCUUUUCAGCGUUGGUGUAAUUAAGGGUGUGCCUUAGAAUUGGAGAAUAAAGGGGAUGCUUUGUUGGUAGUUUGGUGGGAGGGAGGAAUGGAUUCGGCGAGGAGUUGGUUGCAUAAGCUUCAACCGCGAGAUAAAGCGAGGGCUUUUAGCAGGAAGAAGGAGGCUGGAAGCAUUGAAAGUAAUGAGGAUUGUACGGAUGAAGAAGGUGUGUCUAAUGCUACUAAGCAGAAGGUUGCGGCAGCUAAGCAAUACAUUGAGAAUCAUUACAAGGAACAAAUGAAGAAUCUGCAAGAGAGGAGGGAGAGGCGAAAUAUAUUGGAAAAAAAAUUGGCUGAUGCUGAUGUCUCUGAGGAAGAUCAAAAUAACCUUAUUAAGUUCUUGGAGAAGAAGGAAACAGAAUACAUGCGCCUUCAGAGGCAUAAAAUUAGUGCAGAUGAUUUUGAGUUAUUAACAAUGAUUGGGAAGGGGGCAUUUGGAGAGGUUAGAGUAUGUAGAGAAAAGACAACUGGUCAUGUAUAUGCUAUGAAAAAGCUUAAGAAAUCAGAGAUGCUCCGGAGAGGCCAGGUUGAGCAUGUAAGAGCAGAAAGGAAUCUGCUUGCUGAGGUUGAUAGCAACUGCAUUGUCAAACUCUACUGUUCUUUUCAAGAUGAUGAGUUUCUUUAUCUUAUUAUGGAAUAUCUACCUGGUGGAGAUAUGAUGACUUUACUUAUGCGAAGGGAUACCUUGACUGAAGAUGAGGCCAGAUUCUAUGUUGCAGAGACAGUUUUGGCUGUUGCAUCUAUUCAUAAACACAAUUACAUCCAUAGAGAUAUCAAGCCUGACAACUUGCUGCUUGAUAGAUUUGGACACUUAAAACUAUCUGAUUUUGGUCUAUGUAAACCCUUAGACUGCAGCACCCUUGGAGAACAUGAUUUUUCUGCUGCGAGCAAUGUUAAUGGGGCUGCACAGAAUCAGGAGCAGCCAGGGGCGCCAAAAUGGACACAACAAGAGCAACUACAACAUUGGCAGAAGAAUAGGAGAACACUUGCUUAUUCUACUGUUGGCACACCCGACUAUAUUGCUCCUGAAGUCCUGCUGAAGAAAGGUUACGGCAUGGAAUGUGAUUGGUGGUCAGUUGGUGCUAUUAUGUAUGAAAUGCUUGUGGGAUAUCCACCUUUCUAUUCAGAUGACCCGAUGUCAACAUGCAGGAAGAUAGUAAACUGGAGAACCCAUUUGAAGUUUCCUGAGGAAGCAGAUUUAUCUCCAGAGGCAGUAGAUCUUAUUAGCAAACUUUUGUGUGAUGUCAACGAGAGACUAGGAUCAAAAGGCACAGAUGAAAUAAAGGCUCAUCCAUGGUUUGAUGGUGUCAGUUGGGAUAAGCUAUACCAAAUGGAAGCUGCUUUUCUUCCUGAAGUCAAUGAUGAGUUAGAUACUCAAAAUUUUGAAAAGUUUGAUGAGUCCGACAGUCAGACUAAAACUUCAUCAAAGUCUGGGCCAUGGAGGAAGAUGCUCUCAUCAAAGGACAUUAAUUUUGUGGGCUAUACUUACAAGAACUUCGAAAUUGUCAAUGAUUAUCAAGCGGCUGGGAUAGCUGAAUUGAAGAAAAGCACCAAACCAAAAAAUGAGGUGGAGGAGACAUCAGAAUCAUCAGAGACAAUCACUAAGGAUCAACAAUCAGCUGAUCAAGGGAGCUUUAUGAAUUUGCUGCCCAACGAAAUGAGAAGUUCUUAAAAAAAUUAGAGUGAAUCCCUUUAAUUAAGCCUGCCAAUCUCUUAAUAUUUCAGUUAGAGAAGGCCUUCCUGCCCACAGCACUUGGUAGAUAAUAACAUUCCAAUUAACUUAGAAGGUUUUUUUAUGGUACCAUUUACAUUCCGGAAAUCUGAGGUCUGGUUGAAUGCUCAAAGUGUUCAAGGCCUUGAAGAAAAGUGGUGGAUUUUCAUGCUACUAACCAGAGAAUUGAUGUGGAUAAGAGUUAAUCUUCCUUUUUUUGGUUCAAAGGAUGGAAACAGGGGAAAGAAAUCUAAUGCUCUGACUCGUUCUCCUUUCUUAUGUAAUUUAGUGUAAUUUUUUUGUUCUUUAUAGUGUGAGGGCCGAAUUGUUGUACAAAAGAUCCUUAUUUCACUCAUACGUUUAUACAUACAUGUGCUUAAUUA